GUCAAUCAGUGUCACCCUGGGGGCCCACAACAUUAAAAAGAAGGAGAAGACCCAGCAGGUCAUUCCGGUAAAAAGAGCCAUCCCACACCCAGACUAUAAUUCACAGAAGUAUUCCAACGACAUCAUGUUACUACAGCUGGAGAGAAACAUCAAGCAAACUGAUGCUGUGAAACCCCUCCAAUUGCCCAGGCGCCAAAACAGGUUGAAACCUGGACAGAAGUGCACUGUGGCUGGCUGGGGGAUGGUCACCUCAUGGGGCAAAUACCCAGACACUCUGCAGGAGGUACAGCUGACCUUGCAGAACGAUGAGCAGUGUGAAAGCCAUUAUAACUUACGCCAUUAUUACAACAGGACCAUUCAACUGUGUGUGGGGGACCCAUCAGAAGAUAAAGCUUUCUUCCAGGGGGACUCUGGAGGGCCUCUCCUGUGUAAAAAUGAGAUCCAGGGCAUUGCCUCCUAUGGACCCAAAGAUGGGACACCGCCACGAGUCUUCACCAAAGUCGCCAGCUACCUUCCCUGGAUAAAGGAAACCAUGAAAAGCCUCCAACUGCAGGACACAGACCACCUUCUCUGAUGCUAA